GCAGCCUUCCCAGUUCCUGUCCGGGUUCCUGAUGGAACUUUUGGAGAGAGAGGAUUCAGCCCAGAGCGUGGUGUACACCUUCCCGCACCUCACCAUCCAAGAGUUUGUAGCCGCACUCGCACAAUUCCUGACUGUAGAUCCCAGGGAUAUCGUGAAAUUCCUGUCUGAAGCCCACAGCACGACAGACGGGCGAUUUGAAGUAUUUCUCUGUUUUGUCGCUGGUCUCUCCUCCCCACGGGCAGCUUGGAUCCUGGAGGAGUUUCUGGGUAAAUUCCCUCAUCAAACAAUCUGCCGAGUGAUUGACUGGGUGAAGGAGGAGGUUCAACGUCAGAUUAGAAAUGCAGGGAGUCAGUUUGGUAAAAGGAAACUCCUGAACACGCUGCACUACCUGUUUGAGUCUCAGAAUCCUGUACUGGCUCAGCAGACACUGGGUUCUGUGGAAAAACUUUCAUUCAGUGGACUGGGACUGACCGUGAUUGACUGUACUGUCCUGUCUCAUGCCAUCAGGCACUGUGCUACAAUCAAACACCUCGAUCUGAGGAACUGCCGCAUUCAGUGUGAAGGUCUCCAGCGGCUGGGACCGGCUCUGCACAAGUGUCAGCACUUGAGACUGGGAAACAACGACCUGGGAGAUUCCGGUGUGAAACUGGUAUCUGCGGUGCUGAGGAACCCGGACUGUAAAAUACAGACACUGGAGCUGGAACGUGUUGGUCUCACACAUUCUGGAGCCGAGGAUCUCGCCUCCGCUGUCAGUACAAACCACACGGUGACGGAGCUGCAUCUGAGUGGGAAUAAGCUGGGAGAUUACGGAGUGAAACUGGUCUCUGCGGUGCUGAGCAACCCGGACUGUAAAAUACAGACACUGGGGCUGGACUAUGUUGGUCUCACACAUUCUGGAGCCGAGGAUCUCGUCUCCGCUCUCAGUACAAACCACACGGUGACGGAGCUGAACCUGAAUGAGAAUAAACUGGGAGAUUACGUGGUGAAACUGGUGUGUGCGGUGCUGAGCAACCCGAACUGUAAAAUACAGAGACUGAGAGCAGACAGCACGGGCAGGGCAGACGCUGGGCUGGGGCUGCGCUGCCGCUGGUGCCGGGACGGGGCGGGGGGGUCCGGAGCCGGGACAGGGGUCGGAGACAGACAGACAGACAGGGGGAGGGACGGGGCAGCCCGGGGGCAGGAGGAGGCUUCCUGUCGGCUAGAGAGGCCGGGAGGUGAGCUGAGGCCGCUCUGUGUCUGGGUCUGGGUCUGUGUCUGGGCUCCGAGCGGGUCCGAGGUCCGGUCUGUGUCUGGGGUGGCGGGAGGUCCGGGCUGGGGUUGA